CUUAUUCAGUAUUAAGUAAAUAGACACUCGAUUCAUAACAGACAACAAUUUCCAUUUAAAUUAUCGCCAAAAUGCUGUCUUCCACAGUUCCCCUCAUCCUCGCUGUCGCAACCCUUGGGCCACUCGCCGCCGUGGCGCAAUUAAAUCCGACCGAAGGUGAACCUGGCGGCGUGUCGCCAAUUUACUAUCUCCAAUUCAUCCUCGCAAAUUCCCUCAAACUCGGAGAUUCCUGUUCCUGGAGUGAUGAAGCCCUCCGUCAGUCUGCUUUCCGCGAGAUGAAACGGUUUCCCAAGAAUAGCAGACCAUACGACCAGGCGUUCUACAAUAUUGUGACCAGCACGGUGGAAAAUGGGAGAACUUUUUGCAUGGCGAAAGAAAUGCUGGUGUGUGACAGGGAUACGGCGAAAUGUGUUUGUGGCGAACCCGCACUUCAAGCCAGCCUUGGAGUUCGUUACAAACCGAGCAGUUACCAAACCGAGUGGGACGCCGGCACGGGAAAAAAGGUGUGCCGAUGGUCACAAGGGGGAUCAUGUGAAUCACCCCCCGAUAAGCAGGCUUCCUUCGUCCGCAAGUGUGCCCAAGGUCUGAGUUGCACCUAUCUCAAGGAUCGGACUGAAUGCACGAAUUUAUCCACUUUGAAAUACGUGCUGGAUGCGAUGCGAAAUAACGUGCCGCGUGAUGAGGCACUAGAUGGGAUUCUGUCCGGCAAGAUGUGCCAAUGUGUGAGCGAAGAAGAUAACGGGCUUGAUAAGGAUAAGUUUGCUAUGACCAGGAGUAAUGGACGAUUUAGAAGAAGCGUGGGUCGAAACGGUGAUGAUUUGUAUGCACGUGCAAAAGCCGCACUUUUUACGCCAGGAGCGAUUGACAUGUAAUAGUUCCGUAACUCUUUAUCUUUCAACUGCAAUUUAUACUUCAUGUACUUUUGUGCAUCGGUUUAUAGUAACUUGUAUAAAUAAAGUAUGGCAUAAUUAAUUCGCUAAAUAAUU